AUGCAGAACUCGCGCACGCAGGUCAACCUCUUUGGCCGAGCAGUCGGCGUUGCUGCUGGCAUCACUGCCCGACAGACAAAUGCUUUCGUCACCCGCGCACCUCGCCCAUUCGAGCCUCUCUACCUCGAAUCUCGCCCGCAGAGAUCACAUCACACUUUGGUUCAUGACAGUCUCAAGACCUGGGUUUAUCCAACCAACGUUGCGGUCCGCGAUUACCAGCGCAAUAUCGCUGAGCGAGCGAUCUUAACGAACACGCUCGUUGCUCUCCCAACUGGUCUGGGAAAGACUCUAAUCGCAGCAGUUGUCAUGCUGAACUACUAUCGCUGGACGAAGGACUCAAAGAUUGUAUUUAUGGCUCCCACCAGACCACUCGUUACCCAGCAGGCCGAAGCGUGUUACAAGAUCGCCGGGAUUCCCAGAGAUGACACAGCCCUCUUUGUCGGGUCUGCAGCAUCCCCAGCGGUAAGAGAGCAGAUCUGGAACGAAAAGAGAGUCUUUUUUACGACACCGCAAAUCCUCGACAACGAUCUAAAGCGCGGCACUGUCGAUCCUAAAAAGGUCGUCUGUCUCGUGAUCGAUGAAGCUCAUCGUGCCGCCGGAGCCUACUCCUACGUCAAUGUUGUUCAGUUCAUCAAACGAUUUAGCGAAGAAGUACGGAUUCUAGCGUUGUCGGCUACUCCUGGAUCAUCUGUCGAAGCAGUCCAGAAUGUGAUCAAAAACUUAUCGAUAUCGCAUGCCGAGAUUCGAACAGAGCUGAGCGACGAUGUCAAAGGAUUCGUUCGCGGUAGCAAAGUCGAGCAUUAUUCAGCGGAGCUGACCGAGGAGGGGUUCGCAGUACUAAACAAUUUCGGACAGGUUCUGCAACCUAUGCUCACUGAACUGAACAAUGCAAAUGUUUAUUUCGUUCGAGAUCCGGAGAAAAUCUCACUCUACGGUCUUGUGUUGGCACGCGGUGAUUUUCAGAAGCAAUAUGGAAUGAGAGGGAUGAACAACGGAUACAAAUGGAAGAUCGAGUCGACUUUUAACCUGAUCACCCCCUUGGCUCAUGCGCUUGGACUUUUGAAGAACCACGGUAUCAAGCCAUUCUACGAAUACAUCUCGAAUUGGGAGAAAGCGCAACGGUAUUCCGAUACCGGGAAGGCGAAGAAGCCUGGCAAAGGAGCAACUUCUGUACUCAACAACCCGCACUACAAGCGUAUGAUGCAACUUGCACAGAAAGCUAUUGACCAAGGCGCUGUCAGCCAUGAGAAAAUCAACUUGCUGGUUGCAAAGCUUGUCGAGUUCUUUACCGACGAAGAAGUGGUCGCUGAUCGGUCCAAAGUCAUCGUGUUUUGCGAAUAUCGGUCUUCGGCGUCUGAACUUCUUCGAGUGCUGAGUGAAGUCGAAAGCGUGAAGCCUCAUCUGUUUAUCGGUCAAAGUUCAGCAAAGGAUCAAUCAAACAUAGAGGCCGGCCAAGGAAUGUCGCAAAAGGAGCAGCAGAAGGUACUCGACGACUUCAAAGCGGGAAUCUAUAACACCCUAAUUGCAACGUCGAUCGGAGAGGAAGGUUUGGAUAUCGGUCAGGUUGACAUGAUUAUCUGCUACGACGCCUCUUCUUCACCUGUUCGAGUUCUGCAGCGAAUGGGUCGAACAGGUCGGUUUCGAAAAGGAAAGAUUAUCGCAAUCCUUACCGAAAACGAGCGCCAGAGAUUUGAUCAGGCUUUACAAAAGUACGAAGAGAUUCAAAGAUCAAUCAGCGACAUAUCGAACUUUGAAUUUGUCCCUUGUUCCCGUAUCCUGCCGGAUGACGUUACUCCGGAGAUCGAUUUGAGAACGAUCGAUAUUCCGCCUGAAAAUGAAGAAGAGCCUACGAUCGCAACCACCUCUUCGGUAAAGAAACGGACACGAAAAGCUCCAGCGAAAAAAUUCAACAUGCCAGAUGAUGUCGAAACGAGUUUCACUUCCGCGGCAUCUUUGUUGGACACUAGCAAGAAACGUUCCAGAGCAAAGGCAAACCAA